AGUGACACUGUCUGUCAGAAUUGUUUUGUGAUUGUGUGAGAUCGCGUUUUCUUCUUUGUAUUCGGCGAAAAAUUUACUCUAAAAUUAUGGAAGGUAUUGAAGUUAUCACUCAGGAUUAUGUGAAUGUGCAUAUCACGAAGUCAGACGCCGAGGAUGCGGCCCCCAUUGAGAGGAGGUUCAAGAAGGGAAUCGCUGUGGCCGAGUUUAAGACAAAACUGGAGUUGGUGACUGGAGGCUCAGCGACUACAAUGAAGCUCAAGCUCUAUGAUAGCAAGAACAACUUCGUCUGUGACAUUGACAAUGACAACGCUCUUUUGGGCUCCUACCCCAUCGACGAUGGAAUGAGGAUACACGUUAUUGACAAAUUUACUCUUGUCACUGACUUUGCUGGCACAGAUAGUGCUGAGAGGUUCCGUCUGUCAGAAGAAGAGUAUGAAAAGAAAGGCGACACACUCCGCUCAUUCCUGCAGCGCAAUCGGCUCGGCAAGUACAAUGAGGAAGAGAUGAACAAACUCAAAGAGCAGCAACAGAAAGAAUUGGAGGAGGAAGCCAGGUUGGCAGCAGCGGUGGUGGUUGGCGCGCGAUGCGAGGUGCGCGUGCCGCAGCAGCCGCCGCGCCGCGCCGCCGUGCGAUACAACGGGCCGCUGGAGGGAGCCAAGGGGCUGUGGAUCGGCGUGGAGUACGACGAGCCGCGCGGGAAGAACGAUGGCUCCUACCGCGCCGCGCCGCCGUGCGGUACAACGGGCCGCUGGAGGGAGCCAAGGGACUGUGGAUCGGCAUGGAGUACGACGAGCCGCGAGGGAAGAACGAUGGCUCUGUCAACGGCAAGCGUUACUUCACGUGCCCGCCCAAAUAUGGCGGCUUCGUCAAGCCCGUGUACGUGACUGUGGGAGACUUCCCAGUCGAAGAAUUCGACCUGGACGACGAGAUCUGAUCACGCUAAUUCACAAACGGCCCCUAAGGACCUUAAAACGAGCACGAUUUUUUGAUAAAAUUGCUCCAAGACUCGAAAUAUUAAGGUAAAGUCUCCUAAUAUUUUCAGUAAGACAUUGUCCUAAAAUAUUGCUCGUUUCUUAGACCUUUGCAGACGGAAUCAUUACCUUAUCACCUAUUAAUCUAUUUUAAAACCUCAAGCAGCUUUGUCUUGAGCGCAGACUGAUUAUGCAGCCUCUAUUAUUUUUUUAAAAGAUUCAGCGGUGCCCAACCAUUUUUUACAUAAAAAUAUUUGAAUGCUUUGAGCAGAUGUCAAUAAAUAAAUUAAUCACAAAACUGCUAUGUACAAUCAAAACUAUAGAGUAGAACUCGAUUAGGUUUUUUUUAACUCUCAUUGAAACUGUGUCUUUUGCAUUUAUGCUUCAGCUGCUGUAUACAUUUUUUAUAGAUUUUUUCAAAGAAAAUAAAUUAUGCAAUUAUAGGAGAUACAAAUAAAUCUCAGAGUAAUUGUUUUGUAAAUCAUGGAAUAAUAAAUAUAGCGUUAAUAUAUUUGCAGAAAUAAUGCAAUAACCUUUAUUAUAAUAAGCAAGCUUGCUGGCAGGCUUGUUUAGUUGGCUUCACAAAGUUGAUCCUAAUGUAUGGCUUUAAAAAUUGAGAACAUUGUGUGAAUGGAGAUGCUGGUAAUUAGUUAAAGAAUAAUUGGACGUUUAUUCUUCAGAAAGAUGGUACAUCUUUAUCUAAGAGGAGAAAAUAGAGUAUGUAAUGCACUAAAACUCUAGUGUAAAAAGUAACCAAACAAAUAUUCAAUUAAUAUUUGCCAGCGAGAAAUGAAUAUGCUUGAGAAAUAAUAAGUCGAGGAAUGUAAGAUAUUGUGGAAGAAUGGAAGUAUUUAUGUAGUUUAGACAUUGUUUGUCAUGUUAAUGGAAAAUGUAUGUGUAAAAACUUAUCAUGUUGAAAUAUUUUUUGUACUUUUCUAUUCACAUCACGAAUUGCGAAGCAAUAUCACGAAAAAAUCAAGCGUUAUAAUAGGUAUCAUGUUUUAAAACACAAACAGCACAUUCCACACGUGACUGAUAUGUAUUGUAAAAUACUCAUUUUGUGACAAGCUUUGUUUGAAUUAGGUUGUAAAAUUCAAUUAUGUCUAAUAAAAUAUUAUUU